AAGUUAGCCCGACCUCGGGCUAAUAUAUAAGACCCCGAGGGGCCGAUGCAUACACGUCAGUCACACCGGCUUGGCGUAGGCUUCUCUCUUCUUGACCAACAGCAACCCCCAGAAGCGUUAGAGAUGGCACCCAAGAAGGCCAAGAGGAGGCAGCAGCAGGGUGAGGGUGGAUCCUCCAACGUGUUCUCCAUGUUCGAGCAGAGCCAGAUCCAGGAGUACAAGGAGGCAUUCACAAUCAUCGACCAGAACAGAGACGGCAUCAUCAGCAAGGACGACCUGAGGGACGUGCUGGCCACCAUGGGCCAGCUGAAUGUGAAGAAUGACGAGCUGGAGGCCAUGGUGAAGGAGGCCAGCGGCCCCAUCAACUUCACCGUCUUCCUCACCAUGUUCGGCGAGAAGCUGAAGGGUGCCGAUCCAGAGGACGUCAUCCUGAGCUCCUUCAAGGUCCUGGACCCCGAGGGCACUGGCUCCAUCAAGAAGGAAUUCCUUCAGGAGCUCCUGACCACCCAGUGCGACAGGUUCAGCGCUGAGGAGAUGACCAAUCUGUGGGCCGCCUUCCCCCCAGAUGUGGCCGGCAACGUGGACUACAAGAACAUCUGCUACGUCAUCACACACGGAGAGGACAAGGAGGAGUAGAUCCCCUUCCCUCCCUGAGAUCCUCUACCUCCGUAUGCCGCCAUCCAUCCAUCCAUCCAUCCAUCCAUCCGCUCGCUUCGUCUACUCCAACGCCACUCCGCCAUGCAAACCCUCGCGUCCAGGUCCAACACCUGCCCGCUCGCCAAAAGACUUCGCUCUGUUAACGAGACGCUCGGCGGGGGGGAAGGGGCCGGGCUGUGGGCGGGGGUGGUUUGUGAACAACAGGAGAACAUGGGAUUAUUCUCAAUAAAAAAGUAAUCUUCUGACACUGAAACUCUCUCCCCAUCUCUUUCUCCUCCCUGCAUCCUUCCUUCUGUUGUUCUGGGUUGAGGCCUGCGGUGCAUGCACCAGACUCGUGUGCACAGCCCGCCCGGCGGUGUGCAGCGGCUGGUCAAAACGUCUCUUGGGUGCUUCGGUGCCUGCACGGCCGCUUGCUUGAAACAAGCGAGCGGUCCGACCCGGUCGGGUCCGUCGGCCUCAAUCCUCGCACAGAGCGCUUAAUGGCUUCCUCCCCCUUUAUCGGCGCGUGGGAGUGUAAAAGAGUGGAGGUACCGCACUAAAAUAGCUCGCCUACCCCUCUCUUUUACAGAAAGGUAGAAAACGAGGAGCGCUUUUAAUCUUGUAACUGGAGGAAGAGAUGGUGAAAGAUGGCGAGUUGGGGAGGGUGGAGAGAAAAGGGACAAGCAAAAAGUGCAAAAGAAAGAAAUCUUUGACUCUUUGUCCUCCCUCUCGCUGCUGUUUCGCUCCUGUUGUUGUGACUGUGUCUCCGUCUCCACUGUAACAAAGAAAGAAGUACAAAUAAAAUCCACUCUUUCGUACAA